AUGGGUCACUAUGACGUGGAAUUGGACGGGUGGUUGAUAAAUGAUCAGAAUCCGGGGGCUUCCGGUUCGCUGGAUGCGUUCGAUCAGGACUGGGAACUGUUUCUGACGGACCACACGGAAGCAGAAACAAAUUCGACCGUGGACCAGCGCUGCGAAAGACCGGAACCGGUUCUGGCCGAACAACCGACGGAGUCACCCCGUCAACCUGGUGUCAGGCAGCCUUGUGUCGGAGAGGAUGCAGUCUAUCGGCCGGAUGUCCUGCAGGGGCUGACCGCACGCGUUUUGAGUGACUGUCUAGCAGAAGAGGAAGCUCCUCUGCAAUCGUUUUCUGAAACCGAGGCAAACGAGUUACUAAAAUACGUGAUCCACUGCUUCCGAGGGGGACGGAGGAAGCAGAAUGUGAACAUUUCGUUCGAGACCUGUGCUUGGCGGGCACUGAAUCUGGCGCUCUUUUUGCGAGAGAGACUCUCCAAGCAAUCGUUAAUUGACACCAGCACUCAGUCAGUCGGCCCCUCACAGGUGGCGAGAAGCGAGUUUGGCGCGUUGAUCGAUGGGGCCGAGCAAAUUGUAAAAAGGCCCCUUGGCGUCGGCGACGUCUGGUUCCUAGCGUGCACGAUGCGCGCGUUGAAAAUGGCGGACUCCCGCAACUUGAAGACGUUGCCUGCCUGGAGGUCUACUGCGUUACUGUACAGAGACACCAUUCCGGAUGACCUGCCACGACUGCCGCAAGGCAAGGAGGCAAUUAGGUUGGUAGCAACCGCUUCCAAACUCCAGUUCUGGUUGCACCAAGCGGCUGCGGCGUUCCGCUCUGGGGAGCCGGCCGCAGUAAACCCGUUUCAGCGCCAGGCUACUGUCUCGUCGUCACGCACCGCAGUGGGUCGGAACAGAUUUGAUGAAGAGAUCAAGACUUGGAUGGCUCGCAUUCCGGGUCCCCCAAAAAUCAAGACGAUCUCCCAGUACGCGAUGUGGUUACUCAGCUGGGCAAAUACCGAGUCGCGCUCGGUGAUGAACUCCGCCAGGAAGGUGGAAGCCGCAAGCAAAGCGGCGGGCCGCCGGCCGAGCUCGUCUUGCUGGGACCAUCACGCAGACUCCGCCUUGAGGGCGUUCGUGGCGACUGUGGCACAGAGUUACGUGGACGAGGAGCAGAGAACGGCAAGCCGUUACGGGAAAGAGUGGAUGGACCGGGAAGGGAUCUUGUCCGCGGAAGGGAAAUGCGAAGUAGCCGAAUUUGCGGCCGAUUGGAUGAGGAGACUGAAGGUAGACAAAGUGCAAGCAUGCCACUCCGUAAAAAAGAACGGCUUCCGCCACUGUGGUUGGCGGUGGUUGCAUCUGGCUGGCGUCAUUAAAGACCAGUUGGGCCCCUCUGAAGUUGACGGCUUAGUAGCCGUGGUAGAGCGAGGGGUCCCGCGCCCAGAACAAGUCUCACCGCUCUGGUUUCUCGCGAGUGUGAUCCGCAUGCCCGGCGCCAGUCUGGCCCUGGACAAACAGAUCAAGAAGCGCCUUGGCACCGGCGACAACGGGUGGACCUCCUCCGUCGCCCUGCACCGCGAUGUGUUCCCUGGCGACUUCGGUCCACUGCCCGAAUCGCAAGCUUCCCGACAACAGCUGGCGGCCCUUUGCUGGGUCGCACACUGGCUCAAAAAGGGAGCUCAGCACUUCGGACAAUCCCGUCGCGGACGUAAGGUCCCCGCACACAAGCUCUGGCAGUCUUCGGUCUUCGGCUGCGUCACCCGCCUUGCCCGUCGAGUACUCGGGGACGGCACGUUCGCCAAACUCAUUGCGCUGUUUAGAGCGCGCCUCCCUCCAGCUGCCCAUCUCUCCGACACCGUCUUAAUGGACUGCCUACUUAGGUACGCCGAACUCAGAAAAGAACGAGUCGACGAGUUCUGCAAACAGUUCCAGCUUCCGCCCACUCAACCGCCCCAGAAGCGGCACCUUCCCACAACGCCCGACCUGGGGCCUACAAACAAAAUGGCUAUGAACUGCCCCUGA